ACACAACGCAAAUUCCAACCCUAACUCCUGUCUCCGUUCUUAACGCCCAACGCCAGCGACCCUCGUCCCGUCAACAACCCCGUCAACUCCCAGGUCCCGCCUUUAAAACCUCAAGAUGACUCACGAGAGCGUUUGGUACAGCCGGCCCCGCAAGUACGGCAAGGGCUCCCGCGAAUGCCGUGUCUGCUCCCACCGCGCCGGUCUGAUCCGCAAGUACGGCAUGAACAUCUGCCGUCAGUGCUUCCGUGAGAAGUCCACCGACAUCGGUUUCACCAAGGUUCGUUUCAAUCCCUCGCUCGACAAUUCUAUCCGACCCCAUUCGAAUACCAUGCAACCCCACCAUCCGACUUCAAAAUUCAAUCGACAAUCGACAAAUUUGCCACUACCAUCACCACACUUGCACAUUGCAAAAGCACAACACUAA